GGCGGCUGCCCGUAGGUGGCCACAGUGUACUCUUGACUCUGCCAGGACAAGGUUGUCACUCUCAGCCUCUCCACACUCACACUAGACACACUUGUACUCGUGUGUCGCCGCCCAUCACACUCCAGUGCACGCUAGAGGUGCCGAGUAGCACCACCACUGUAGAAGGCACUCUUAGGAGUUGAUGGAAGCUCAGUUGAAACACCAACAGCACGUAAUGAGGGUAGCCAAGUGUCCCAACGAGGAGCUGUCCUUCACCAACUGUGUCAUCGUUAAUGAGAACGACUUCCCUCUCAAGGUCCGGUACAUCCAGGUGACUAACGACCAAGGGAAGCACUUCAUCUACACCAUCAGACAUGACCGAGGGGUCAAGCCUGGUCACAUGGGCUUCAACGCCAUCCAUCGGAAACAAGCGAUGCUGUCUUUGGACCAAGAGAUCCGCGUGGAGCCGUACGUGCACGACCCGCAGAGGCAGCUCAUCGGGACGAUGGUGCUGGAGGCAGACUUCCUGCAGAAGAAGAGCACGACCAACGACCCCUACAACACCGACCAGAUGGCCAUGGCCUUCAUGGAGCACUUCGCCAAGCACGGCUUCACCGUCGGCCAGCCUAUAGUCUUCAAGUUCCAAGACAAGAAGACGCUUUCUCUCACCAUCAAAGAAAUUGAAGCUGCCGACCCAGAAGCUGUUGCCUCGGGGAAGAAGAGAGAACCGCGCAAGAUCGACUUCGGAGUUCUUCAGGCAAAUUCCUCAAUUAUUUUCGAAAAGAGUGAAGGAUCCUUCCUUAUCCUCACAGGAAAAGCAAAGGCCCGUUCAGCACACACGAGCCUCUUCUCCGCUGACUGGGACUUCCAGAAGAUGGGUAUUGGUGGUCUGGAUGAGCAGUUCAUCCACAUCUUAAGGAGAGCUUUCGCCUCGCGAGUCUUCCCACCGGAAGUGACGGAACAGUUGGGGGUCAAACACGUCAAGGGACUCCUGCUCUACGGACCUCCAGGAACUGGUAAGACUCUGAUGGCGCGCCAAAUAGGAAAAAUGCUCAACGCUCGAGAACCCAAAAUUGUUAAUGGUCCAGAAAUAUUAGACAAGUAUGUGGGAGAGUCAGAAGCCAACGUUCGGCGGCUGUUUGCUGAUGCUGAGGAAGAAGAGAAGCGGAUGGGGCCAAACUCUGGUUUGCACAUUAUCAUUUUUGAUGAGAUUGAUGCUAUUUGCAAGCAAAGAGGUUCCGUUGCUGGCAAUACUGGCGUGAAUGACACGGUUGUUAAUCAACUCCUAUCAAAGAUUGACGGUGUGGAGCAGCUGAAUAAUAUUCUUGUGAUUGGCAUGACCAACAGAAAGGAUAUGAUGGAUGACGCCUUGCUCAGACCUGGCAGAUUGGAAAUUCAGGUAGAAAUUAGUCUCCCAGACGAGCAGGGUCGGUUUGAUAUCCUCAAGAUCAAAACACACAAAAUGAUCGAGCAUAACAAACUUGACCGCGACGUUGACUUAGCAGAGAUUGCGUCUCUCACCAAAAACUUUUCUGGUGCUGAACUUGAAGGUCUUGUGAAAGCUGCUUCGUCCUCUGCACUGAAGAGGUAUAUUCACCUGGGGAACAAAAUUGAAGUCGAUCCUAAUGCAAUUGAUAAACUUAAGAUAACACGAUCUGACUUUAUAUAUUCCCUUGAAAAUGACGUCAAACCAUCACUGGGUACAAGUGAUGAGGCACUCUCCAAGUUUAUCGAGCGAGGAAUUAUUAACUGGGGACCUACGAGAGACCUGGUUGAGAAGGGCAUGAUGUUCGUGAAGCAGGCGCGCUCUCCAGAAACAAGCAGCCGUCUUUGUUUACUGCUGGAAGGAGCCCCGACAGCUGGAACAUCAGCACUGGCAGCAUACCUGGCAAAGAACUCUGAAUUUCCCUUUAUCAAGGUUAUCAAUUCUCGUGAGAUGGUUGGGUUUAUGGAGUCCUCCAAGUGCUUACGGAUUAACAGAAUAUUUGACGAUGCUUACCGCUCAGAACUAAGCUGCAUCUUUAUGAACGAUCUGGAACACUUAAUGGGCUACUCACCUAUUGGUCCCCGGUACCAGUCUAUUGUCCUGGACGCCAUGUACUCGCUUCUCUCAUCUUCCCCCCCUAAGGGUCGUAAGCUGCUCGUUAUCUGUACUUCUAAGCGUCGAAAUGUCCUGGAAGAACUGGGUCUGCUGUCAGUGUUCACGGCAGUGUUAAGAGUUCCGUACAUCCAACACCAGGACGACGUCAAGCUCGUCCUUGAGGAGUCUCAAGCACUAACUUCAGAUGAAAUUGAUUCAAUAAUGAGUCAUAUUUGCCACGGGAAGAUCUUCGUAGGGUUGAAGAAGUUGCUGGGGCUGCUGGACUCGAUGCGGGUGAUGAAGGGAGUUGACUCCCGGAAGAGAGUGGCCUCAUUUGUCAACUUGCUGGAGGACGAAGGGGUUUACACCCCUGAAGUUUAGAGUUAACUACGAGAAACAAAUGUAUAUAAGGAUCGAAUGGCUUGUCGCUGCUUGAAUUCCUUGUAGGUUUCAGAUACGUGAACCAUACUCGUUUCAAAACGAAAAAUAUGUAGAGAGUUACAGUUUGUGUACACACAAAGUUUAAUAUAGUACAGUAUUGUAGUUUGAAAACGACGAUUGAAAAGAUAAAUAUAAUAUUUAAUAUUUAUCUUAUUAAAAGACCAUUUGGGAACCCCUCCAUGUUAGACCAGUUUUAUAUCUAGACUUGGAAACAUAUCACCUUGACUACACAACAAAUCUUUGACAUUUACACAUUAAAUGAAGGCAGAUUACACAGUUAUGACUCCAAGAGUGUUGUGCAUCUUCACAACAUUGUGCUAAAGGAGUUUGGAAAGAUUAUUGGUAAUAACUUUCAUUUUAAAUAUCAAUAUGUUUUGUUGAACUUAUAGGAAGAAAUAAACAAAUACACAUACUAACACAUACAUGUACACACAGGUACAUAUGUGUGUGUACAGAGAGCAUUUACAUAUGUGCACACAGGCACAUAUACACUCAUCACGCAUACGCACCACAUACACAUGUUUACACGAGAUCAUACAUGCACACAGAUCCAUACAUAUACAUACACACAGGUCCAUACAUAUACAUCAGUGCUUGGCACUCCUGGUAGAGACGGGUUGGGGGUUGCUCACUCACACUCACGUAGGGUUCAGUAAAAACUUCAACUCUUCCAAUUAUUAAAGUCUCACAAAAAUACAAAUAAAAACUUACGUAGAUUUUAAUGCAAGUUUUUAUAAUAACCUCAUAAUUGUUAUGACUCAUUAUUUUAUAUUUAUCAAUAAUAGAUUAAAAUUAUUAUAUAUUAAAUUUAUAAAUGAUGUUAAAAUAAAAAUAUAAAUAAAUAUUAUGCCUAUAAAUAGGCAGCGUUUAGUCCAGUUCUUGAAAUAAAAUAGUUUAACAUGGUGAAGGAGAGAGAGAACGGUGAUGGCUUGAUACCGUACAUUGUUGAGCUGCCUCAAUAUUCCUCAAGUCCAGGGGCCAGAUUCACGAAAACACUUACGCAAGCACUUACGAACGUGUACAUCUUUCUUCAAUCUUUGACGGCUUUGGUUACAUU